CGAGAUGCCAUGGCCGUGUACAUCGCGACGCGUAUCGAGCACAACGUUUCAAUUCAUAUACUACGCUAUAGAUACCCUUCAUCACCCAGCAGGCCUGUCUAGUAGGAACAACGCUUUACCAAGCAACACAGUUUCCAAUUGCUCUUAUCAAUACACCAAUCUAUUGUACAACGCAUCACUUCCAAUCACAUGUCUUCCCUCAAAGUUCUCAUCUCAGGUGGAGGCAUUGGCGGGCCGGCCCUUGCGUUUUGGUUGGCGAAGCUCGGCCACGAUGUAACCAUCCUCGAGAGAUCCCCUUCUCUUCGUGUUCAGGGCCAACAAAUCGACCUUCGAGGCCAAGGAGUUACUGUUGUGCGGCGCAUGGGACUCGAAGGUCUCAUUCGCGAAAAAGUUGUCAAUGAAGCUGGCGUCAGAUUCGUCAACGGCAAAGGGAAGACGCAGGCAACCUUUGAAGCUAAUAAGUCCGGCGUUGGCAAGCAGGGCUUCACGUCGGAAUUUGAGAUCAUGCGCGGCGAUCUGGUUCGGCUCCUCUUUGACAAGACGACAGCACUUGGAGUGAAGUACAUUUUUGGUGUCAAGGUGGAGUCGUUCGAACAGAAUGCAGAUUCGGUGACGGUCCACCUGUCAGACGGAACCACGGACACAUUCGACCUACUUGUCGGAGCCGAUGGUCAGGGAUCCAAGACGAGACGACUCAUGCUUAGCCCCGGCGAGAAGGACCCGUUCUAUCCUCUUGGCGUGCAUAUGGCCUUUUACACUGUCCCGAAGUGGAAGACGGAUGACAACUACGCCACGGUCUGUGUGUGUCCCAAGAAGCGGGUGCUUUUUUCCAGAAACGACAACCCUGAAACGACUCAGGCAUAUCUCGCCAUGUGUCCGCCAAAUAAGGAGACGGAGAAGCUUCUUAUCGAAACAGAGAGGAGCCGCGAUCUUGUGCGACAGAAGCAGGUUUGGUCAGAGCUCUUCAAGGACGCCGGAUGGCAAGCAGACCGCUUCUGCGAUGCGCUCAACGAAGACGGUGUCUCCAACGACUUUUACUGUGUCGAAAUUGGCCAGAUACGCAUGGGCAAGUGCUACAAGAACCGCGUGGCCCUUCUUGGAGAUGCGGGAUACGCACCCAGUGUCUUGACCGGCCGUGGCACCACAUGCGCGUUCAUCGGUGCCUAUGUGCUCGCUGGAGAGAUUUCAAAACACUGCUCGGGAUCUCCGGGCAAGGCGGCCGACGGUAUUCCUGCCGCCCUCGAGUCAUACAACAAGGAGAUUUUAGAGCUCAUGAAGGAAGUUCAAGACAUUGGGUUCAAGCCGUCCUGGAUCUAUCCCAACUCGGCCUGGGUUAUUUCCAUUCUCUACACGAUCUUGUGGCUAGUGUCAACUUUGAGAAUCGACAAGAUUCUCCAGCGACUCCAAUCAGAUGAUGUGCCAGGCUGGCAGCUUCCUGAUUAUUCCGGGCUUGCGUACGACGACGAGAAGGAAGCUAAGAAGCUCACUCGUUGAUUGAGGCAGAGGAUAUGGGAGGAAUGAGGAUGAGUUAUGACAUUAUAAUAUCCUGUCUUGUGUUAGCGUUCAUCAGGGCUCAGCGGAUUGAGCGUUUGUACCAUUGCAUUUGGGGAUCCUCGCAACUUAGCUCCAAUCAUAUUGACCACUCUAUUUAUUCAUUGAUCAUU